CCAUCUUAUGUUUGCAGCGCACGCGCGCGGGCCGCUUACACACAGCCGGCUGGGAUUCCCGCCUCUUCGCACCUGUUUGUCUACUUGUCAUCGCAAGCUGUUGGGAUGGCGGUGGCCUGCAGGGCAGCAUUGACCACUCUCCUGGCGGCGGCGCUCACGCCCUCGACCCGCGCCCGCCUUCUCCGAGACAGGGAGCCCGACGGGAGCGGCGCCGUGGUGGGCGCGCGAGACGACGCCGACGCCGUCCGGAGGCAGAUCGCGGAAUCCCAGACGAGCCUCAAGGCCGAGGUCGGCGAGAAGGAGGUUUCCUACUACCUCGUCGCGACCGGAUACUGGUGUGCUGGAGUCUCGUACAAGGGCUUUGGCGCCGGGUUCACUUACAGGACUGCGCCGACGUCGUAUUGUCGGAUCAGGAUUGUAAUCAGAUGGGCUUCCAUUAUUAUUAUACCAGACUCGGACUACAGGGGAGUUGUUGGUGCCCAAGAACGACAGAUGUGGACACCUUGGGCGCAUGCCCUACUGGAACUUCGGCAACAACGAAUAACGACGGGGCCAAUUGCCACAUUUACCUGUACACGUCAACGCCAACACCGACUGUGACACCAACACCAGCGCCAACGCCGCUGGCGACUCCGCCGACCCCGGCGACGGCCACCGGCGAUCCGCACCUGCAGAACAUCUACGGUGAACGGUUCGACCUGAUGACGCCGGGUAAGGUUACACUGGUCAACAUCCCACGUGGUAGGCGCGUCGAGGAAGCGCUGCUUGCGGUAGAGGCAGACGCGCGUCGCCUCGGUGGACACUGUGCCGACACGUAUUUCCAGGAAGUGAACAUCACAGGGGUAUGGGCGGACAAGCUGAAGGCCGGGGGUUUCACCUUCAAGGUCGAUGGUGUUCAGGGACACAGGGUACCGAAAUGGAUGAAUUUCGGGCCGCUGGAGGUCAAAGUCGUCCACGGGCGCACGGAGAAGGGGAUGCAGUACUUGAACCUCUUCGUCAAGCACCUUGUGCAUGCCGGCUUUUCGGUAGGAGGGCUACUGGGAGAAGAUGAUCACACGGAUGUAGCGAGGAUCCCAGCAGAAUGCUUGACCACGAUUUCGCUGCGUAAGCCGAGCCGGACCAGCGUGCAAGCUGAGUUGGUCUCGGUCGCGGUCGCCAGCUGA